ACGGAGACUGUAGAUCAGGUCUCGCAUCCUUUCUCCGCGGAUACAUACAGGCUCCUCACUUACGCAUAAUUGUGGGACGAUCUAGCACAGAACGCUCUGAAACGCAUACUUGCGAAUUUGACACAAACGAGCAACCUUGCCAUUCGCAUCCACGGGCAUCAUGGACGUAGAAACCUUCAGACGAGCUGCGCAUGCUGCAGUAGACGAGAUUUGCGAUCAUUAUCUUUCCAUGAGAGACAAACCCGUCACCGCUCAAGUCAAGCCCGGUUUUCUCACCGAUGCUCUGCCAGACGCGGCCCCAUCUUCUGGACAAGAUUGGUCACGCAUCAACGAAGACUUUCACUCGCUGGUCAUGCCUGGCAUGACGCAAUGGCAGCAUCCAAAGUUCAUGGCUUACUAUCCGGCUAAUGUAUCCUUCGAGGGUAUUCUGGGCGACAUGUGGGCCGCAGCUCUGACGAACCCGGGCUUCAACUGGAUUUGCAGCCCAAGUGUAACGGAGCUGGAGCUGAAAAUGAUGGAUUGGAUGGCUGAGGCUUUCCACCUCGAUCCUGCUUUCAAGCAAAGAGGCGGGCCUCAAAGCAAGGGCGGCGGAUUGAUCUUUGGCUCCGCCUCCGAAGCUACGUUGACGGUGGCGAUCGCUGCGCGAGAUCGCGCUCUUCGGCAUUUGACCGCCGCCUCGGGUCAAAUCGAGCCCUCACGAGAGUGGGCGGCGGAGGCUACGGGCAAGCUCGUGAUGUACGGCUCUACAGAGACGCACAGCGUGGGCAGCAAAGCCGCGCAGAUUCUGGGUCUACGUUUCCGGGCACUACCCGUCACACUUCAAAAUCGUCUAGCCUUGAGGGGCGACACUCUGGCAGCCGCAAUCAAGGAAGAUGUGAGCGCCGGAUUGGUACCAUUCAUGGUUUGCGCUACACUCGGAACCACGUCUACGAGUGCUGUCGACGCGCUAGACGAGAUUGCCUCGGCGGCAAUAAUGCCCACCAAAGUUGUUGAUGCGGAUGUGGCCGUACAUGACCACCUCGAUGGCUCAACGAAUGGCGCGAACGGUAACAGCACCGACUGCGCGCGUUCCGAGUCGCUGCCCCCAAUCUGGCUGCACGUAGAUGCCGCAUACGCAGGUCCUGCCCUCUGCCUGCCAGAGAUCCGAACGAAAUAUCAGAAAGAAUUGAGCGCCCUCAAUGCUAAGUUUGACAGCAUAUCUCUCAACAUGCACAAAUGGGGUCUUGUCAAUUUUGAUUGCUCUCCACUCUGGGUCAAGGACAGGGCCCAGCUCGCCGCCUCGCUCACGGUCACGCCCGAGUACCUCAAGACGACCGCAGCUGCCAAUGAUCCUUCUGUGCUUGAUCUAAGGAACUAUCAAAUUUCGCUUGGCAGACGUUUCCGCUCUUUGAAGGUAUGGUUCGUGCUUCGAAGUCAUGGCAUCGAAGGCUUGCGUCAGCAUUUGCGCGACGACAUCUUGCUAGCGGAACGUUUCAAGAGGCUCAUCGAAGACGAAGGCGACCCCUGGCAGCUAGUCGAAUUCAACUUUGCCCUCCUCGUCAUUCGUCUCAAACCCGCCUCUACCGACGCUGAUCCCGAUUCGCGCACCCGCGCUCUCUGGGCAGCUCUGGAAAAGCGCAAUGAUGAGCUUUUGCUCACCCAAACCUCCAUUCCUGGGGCUGGAUUCUGCAUCCGUAUCGCUUUGGGUUGUCCUAGGACGCAAGAGCGCGAUGUGGACGAUGCCUUUGCUGUCUUGAAACUUGCUGCUACCGAAGCCAAGCUCGUUUAAGCAUUCGCAUCCUGAAUCCCUCAAAUCUGCCUCUUUUGCAAAUCUCGCUUUACCUGUCCUUGCCACUUCAUGAAUCAAUGAUGAUCCUGAUCAAAUCAUGAAUGCUUCUCUCGGCCUCGGCUUUCUAGGCUGGAGCACGUCAUCGUGAUGGCAUUCGGAGCAGG